UUUGCACGCCACGACCGUACGCACGGCGAAGCUCUCAGUCGCGCGUUGUUCGCCCGUGCCCGUCGCCGUCGUCGUUGCGCCAGCGAUCUCGUUUCGAUAUAAUAUUAUUAUACUUUCUACGAGAGUAGAACUUUCCGAUUUGGUUCAAUCCCUCGCUCGCUCUCUCUCUCUCUCUCACUCUCUCUCGUUCACUCUUUAUCUCUCCCUCUCUCUCUCACUCUCUCUCCCCCUCUCUCUCUCUUUCCCCUCUGUACGUCCCCCCUCCCUCAAGACCGUUCACUCUCGCAGUCCAUCGCCGUUUGGCGGUUUUUUUUUAUCGACACUGCUGGACACCGAUAUAUGGAUUCGCAGAAAUGAAUAACGAGGACGAGGUGCAAAGAGUGUUCAGGGGCGAGUUGGACACGGCGGAAUGGGCUAUACCACGAUUGGUCAAGGUGUUCGUCGCAUCAACCAGAAACGAUUUUUUGGAGGAGAGAAGAUGUAUUCUGGAAAACGUCGGUCCAGACCUACAGAACCUGUACGACUCAACUGGCUUAGAGGUAGAAUUCGUCGACAUGCAUUAUGGCAGUGAAUUGGAUCCAAUGAAAAAUCCGUUUUUAUUCGCUGAACAUUUGGAAGAAAUAAGAAAUUGCCGAAAAGUUUCCCGGGGAUGUUUCUUUUUGUGUUUGGUGGGCGACGAACACCAACCGUGCCCCGCGCCAGUGUGCAUAGCGGAGGACGCAUACGAACAACUCAAAGACGCGGCGCAGGAGCUGAACUUGGAGUGGACGGCCGUGGAGGGCGCUUAUCAACUAGACCCGUUGAACAACCACUACACGCUGCCGAAACCUGAUGACAAGGAUCAAGAACAAUUACGCCUUUGGUUUGAGAAAAAUGAAAAAGCUUUAGUAGUAAUGCAAGAAGCGUCACAAGAACUAUUAAGCAGAGGUUUGAUUGUUGAUCCACAAAUAUUUCAUUCAGCGGUCCAACAUCAAACUUUACACGCUCUAGACUUGGAUAAAGAUCACAUGGUCGUGUUCAAUAGAGAAUUCACUGGACGGCACAAUUAUGAAAGUGGAAUUGACGAGACGGUUUCAUCAUUCAAACAUUUCUUAAAGGACACUGUAUCAUCAGAUAAUCUAAUUGAAUUAAGUGUGGAAUGGAAACCCGGGGGUAUCGAUGGUGAACAUCCCGAGCAUGAUAUGUAUUUGACCAUAUUCCAAGAAGCAGUCAUGUCAAAAAUGCAAAGUAUGAUAAACACAAGCAUUGAACAUAAACCCGAGUUGAAUGCCAGGAACAAAACUAUACAGGAAGUGCUCAAGGAAGCGAUAGUACACAUAGUACACUGCAAAGAUCUGAUUAAACUAAAUCCUCGGAAUCCUCGAUUUGACACAGUCACCAAGAUACGAAAAAUGAUGUCCACGACUACUAAACACGGCCCGAUCAUCAUACGUGGAGGUCUGGGCUCCGGAAAAACAUCAAUAAUCACCAACAUUUAUCAAGAAUGUGAAAAAUGGUUCGAUAAGAAACCAGUGAGGAUAGUGAGGUUUUCGGGUGUGACGCCGAGAGCUUCGUACAACCUGGAACUAUUGAGAAUAAUAUGCGAGCAGCUAACUUGCGUUCUUCAGCCCACCGGGCUUUGCGUACCUUUAGAUGCCUCAUUCGACCCGCUGUAUAUCAGCGAUUGGUUUCAGACGCUGUUAAAGCGAUUUGAAGACGAAUGCAGGUCGUCGACGUUAGUUUUGUUCAUCGACGAUUUACAUAGGUUAAACCCUUUGGACUCAGAUGUAGUUGCAGGUCUGUCCUGGUUACCCACAGUACUGCCAUUCAACGUACAUAUCGUAUGCACGACCUUGAAUACUCCUGAUGAAUUGAAAAUGACCCCGAUGCAAAAAGACCGUUUUAGAAAUUCUGAAUUUUAUAUGGAACUACCAGACGCCAAUAUAGAGACAAUCAAAACAAAUAUCAACAAUAUGUUAGAGAACUACGAACAAGCGUUUGGUCUUAAAGCCGUUACUAGAUUAGCUUCGUACAUAUCGGUAUCCGAAUUUGGUUUAACAGAAACCGAACUUCUUGAGUUGCUUAUGCCAACAACUGGUGAUUUUGGAACUCCUUUGAAGUUAGAAGACGGGAAUUUUAAUUUUUCCACAUUUUGUACAGCUAAAAAAACUAUAAUGCCUCUCUUAUACGAAAAAUUCAUGAGCGGUCGCAUAUUAUUAUGUUGGAGACAUAAAAUAACAUUUGAUGUAGUUAGGCAAAGGUAUCUUACAUCAAAGAUACAUAAAAGAACGUUGCAUAUGGAAAUAGGAAAUUUGUUCUUUAGUGAAUUUGCCAAAGACGAAUCAGAAUCCAAAACUGAUGGUUCGGUAAGUAAAGAUGGAGAAACCAUUAUACACAAUGACAUGACGUAUAGUUUAAGACACGUCGAGGAAUCGUGGAUUCAUCUGCUCAAAGCUGGUGACCACAUCAGACUAAAAGAACUGACGUUGUGUAAUUUCGACUUUUUACUGGCGGCAGUACGAACUAUAUCUGUCAGUUACCUCCGGUCAAUCAUAGAACACGCGCGAUGCUAUGUGUUGGAUAGAGAUGUCGAAUUAGUUUACUAUACAGUGAGGAAAUCAAGUGACGUACUCACGAGGGAUACAUUGCAACUCGGGGCACAAAUCAUUAGUUGGCUACGGCCCGUGGCGGAUAGUAGCAAGCUAAUGCACAGAAUCAUAAGAUGUUCGGUAUCGUGGUGCGACGGUUUCACAGAUCCGUUAUUGGUGCCGCACACAAGUUGGCUACAACCUCCUUUGCCUCUUCACAUAAAAUGCGUUAACUGCGGUAUACCGAUCCGGCAUAUAGCUCCUACGCCUUCAGCACAACACGUGGUUGUUAUACCUAAAGAAGGCGACGCUCAACUUUGGCACACGAUGGGAAACGCGAGAGUCCAGACAUUCAAAGGACAUCAGAAACCAAUCAAGUGUUUGAAUGUGAACAAAAACCCUCAGUUAUUAGUCACCGGUUCUGAAGACCGCAGCGUUCUAGUCUGGGAUCUAAACACAUACGCUUUAUUAGCGAAAUACACUGACUUAGAAUCUCUUGUGUUAAGCCUUUGCGUGGCGACUAUCAACGAUGGUGGCAACAAAGAACUUGGUGUGGUUUUGGGUUGCGAAAAUAGUAAAAUACUUCUGUACACGUUAAAAGGCAAAAUGGUAAAAAAAAUUGACUACCAUAAAGGACCCGUUACGGCAGUUCAAUUAACAUCACAAGACGUCUUAGUUACUGGUUCGUCUGAUUGCACAGUAUGCCUUUGGGAAAUGGAUACUCUCGACCUGCUCAACACCAUCGCUCUACCCGGACCAGUGGAAAUGUUGGACAUAUCGGUCGACUCGAUGUUCCUGUUAGUGCUGUGCGAGGGAAACCAGUUGUGGCUACACGCACUGGCGACGGGUACGCUCAUACACAACUUAAAAGGAUACUGUUCCAAAAUCAUGUCGAUCGCAUUGGCCGAAGACUGUCAGCGGGCAGUGGUAGCCGGCGUUGACUCCAGGGUGUACAUCUAUGACAUACAUUCGGGAGACUUGGACCUCGUGCCAAUAUCUACGGCACCGCACCACAAAGAAGUGAUCGCCGUGAAAAUCACCAACAACGACGACUUCCUCGUCACAGCGGGCAACGGCAAAAUCGCUUACUGGAAUUUCCGAAAAAUGGGAAGCGCGCACACGAUCAACAAACAAUCGUCUCCGUUGUCCCGAAAACCACACACCAGUGCCAUCACCUGUUUGGACAUAUCGCGAGACGGCACAAUGGCUGUUACAGGUGGCUUGGACAGUCUGGUUAACGUCUGGCAUCUGAACGUGGAGAGCUUAGAAAACGUCUAUAAACUGAACAACAACGAGCUACACUCGACCAUGCACGGCCACACUGCCGCUAUAACGUGUCUAGCCAUCGCUUCCAACGGACUUUUCGCCGUAUCCGGUUCAGAGGACAAACUUGUGUUGGUCUGGGGCCUAACCGUGGGCAAUGCCGUUUUCACAUUCAGCGGCCACCAGUCAGCCAUCACUGCCGUGGAGGUUACCUCAGACAGCGAGAAGGUCGUGUCCAGUGACAAGGCGGGCGUCAUAGCAGUUUGGCUGUCAGACAAUGGAACGCUACUCAACUCGGUGAUAUGCCCGGCGACCAACCUGUCAGUGACCAACAACAUGAAAUACCUUGUCAGCGGUGACGGCCAUUUUUCGCUGCACAUCUGGCCGUUGUCUAUCAAGAAUGAGGGAGGCCCUUGGACUGAAAAAUGGCCGGUCAGUCACACGGAAGAGAUAACGUGUUUCGUGAUAACCUACGACUCGUUACAAAUAAUCACCGGGUCCAAAGACAUGUCGUUGAAAGUGUGGCAAAUCAAUGGCGGUAAACUGUCACAGGUGUUAGUCGGACACGAAGACCAGGUGACGUGCGUGGCCGUAGCCAUCAGCGACAAGUCGAUCGUUGUAUCAGGUUCAUGGGACGCCAACUUAAUCAUAUGGGACAUACACACGGGCGACGACAGACACCUGCUAACCGGUCACUUAGGCCACGUGACGUGUGUCAAACUAAGCGGUGACGGUUCGGUGGCCUUGUCCGGGUCCGACGACAAGCGCAUAAUCGUAUGGGACACGAAACGCGGUGUCCCACUGACGUCACUGCAACUGCACCUCCCCAUUUUGGGCCUCUCUAUGUCCACGGACGUGACCCGGGUUGCGGUACACCUGUACGAGAGCCAGUACUUGCCCAUCACACAGCUGAUGAACACGCCCGCACAGUACGUCAAGGUUCCGGUGUUUAUCAACCGAGAACACAGAUCUCUAGCCGCCAAAAAACCCAUGAGGAGGAUGUUGAUCAAAGAAUACUCGUUGGACUCGUACACGUGGCAACGAAAGUACGCACACUUGACCUCGUCGAUAACACGGGCUGCCGUCGACGAAAAGCUCCGCCGGUUUUCCGUCUCGGCCAGCAUGGAAGAAAUAUCGAAACAGGCCAAUAAUAACGAGAACAUGGGAUCACAGAAUCUGGGUCCAGAGCAGGCCGCUUUGGCGCAAUCACAACACUUUGACCAAUUGAUCGCCGAAUGGAACAACAAACGGUCGCCUUCCAAAUCAACGAGCCGACCUAACGUGUUUUUAUCGAAACAGAACUCGAGAUCAAGCAGACAGCAUUCGGCCGACGAAGAGAGCCAUGGCAGCGACGGUCAGUAUACUCAUGAUUUCAUAUGAUGAACCAACGUUUAUCGCUGCACAUUUGCCUAUCACGCCCCAGACAAAUCCUACUUCAUUCACCAUUGUUGCAACCUAAUUGUGAUCAAACAUUCAAUCAUUCUUCUUAUUAUUAGUAAUAUUAAUGUUUAAAAUUACGGAAACAUAAUCUUAAGUCUGUGCAAUAAUUAUAAACCUUAAUAUUUAAGUAAAUAGCAUGGUAUAACUAUUGUUAAACAUUUUUAUCCUAGUCAUUUCAAGACCGUAGUCUAGUCGAAGAUUACUAGAUUAAGUAAAAUAUUUGGAGCACAAAAAAUAUCACCGUCUAAGUGAUUUGUUUUUAUUAUUAUUAUUAUUAUUAUUAUUGCAUCAAAAUCAUACGUUUAUAUCUUAGACAUUCUGACUGUAAAUCAUUAACUAUAAUGAAACAAAUCAGAUUUACUAUACAUUAAGUAUUAAGCUCUUGUAGAAAUCAAAAUAUUAUAUUACCAUCAACCAAACAAAUCGUUGGUUUAUGUAUGAUGACCGAUUAAUUCUAAAGUGACAACAUCAACUAACUUUCGGACGACUCAAUCCUAUGAGAAAAACAAUGGCAUAUCAAUUCUAGCCAAGUUUAUAUUAUGUUUGUUACAAUAACUGUUUACUGAAUCAAAUCUGCCAGAAUUAAUAUUUGGGUAUCUUGGUUAACGUACAUUCCAACUUUCAUCAAAAUAAUUAUUCACUACAUAUUUUAUACUUUACCAAUAUUUUAGUCUUAAGAGGAUGUCAGUGCACUACCUAUUUGUUUAUCUUUGACCCACGUACAACAUAGCGAAUUUAUGUUCAGCAGAACCAAUCUUGUAUUGUUACCAUUAAUAUUAAAGUGAAUUGACUUAAUAAGAAACUGUAAGUUAAGAACAUUGUUUGUGUUUGUAUGUUAGCUUUUUUUACAAUACUUGAGUUUUUAUACAAGUUAUGAAUAUGUAAAAUAUUACAGUUUAAAAAUGCUAAUUUCGGUGAAAAAUUAAAAACU